CCGCGUUCCGCACCCGGACACUCCCAGUCCCGCUGUCCGAAGCGUGCGGCCGGGACGCCCUGAGCCCCAGCCCCGAUCCGGUGCACCGGGGCGGGACGUUCCUGGCCCAUACGGGGCCGUACUUGCGGGUUCGUUCCCAGCCUUUCUAUCGGUGAGUGUCGGGGCCCCCCGCUCUCCGCCCCGGCGUUAGCGCAGGGUAGCCCCAGGCCCUUGACUUGGGCGCAAAGAAGCCCGGACGCCCCCAGCCCCUGGCUCCACGAGACCCGAACCUUCAGCUGCCUCCGACCGAGUGCUUCGGGCUUGGACCCGCGCGAACGCCCAGGAAGCCCCGGCCCGGGUCCAGCGCUCCGUAAGGGGUCCCAGGCGGGCAGGACGGUCGGACCGAACCACUAGCCUGGUGCUGCGAACCCAAGCUGCCACCUUCGUCCUACCCUGGCGAGGGGCUCAGCGCUUUCCCCGAAAACAACACAAGGGCCCCGCUUGCCCCGGCAGAGGGGACAGGAGCGAGAGCCGAGGCUGCAGCUCUCCCAGUGAAGUGACAUCACUGCCUUGUGGACAGGACACCCCCAGGAAUCCAGCUCACAGUCACCGGUACCUUCUUCCAGGAGCAGCCGGGGGCCUCCAUGGGCGCCUGAGGGCUGGGCGCCAGGGCCGCGGGCACGAGCAUGGUGAGACACCAGCCCCUGCAGUACUACGAGCCACAGCUGUGCCUCUCCUGCCUCACGGGCAUCUACGGCUGCCGCUGGAAGCGCUACCAGCGCUCCCACGAUGACACCACACCGUGGGAGCGCCUCUGGUUCCUGCUCCUCACCUUCACCUUCGGCCUCACACUCACCUGGCUCUACUUCUGGUGGGAAGUCCACAAUGACUACGACGAAUUCAACUGGUACCUCUACAACCGCAUGGGCUACUGGAGCGACUGGCCCGUGCCCAUCCUCGUGACCACAGCUGCUGCCUUCACAUACAUCGCGGGCCUCCUGGUCCUGGCACUAUGUCACAUUGCCGUGGGACAGCAGAUGAACCUGCACUGGCUGCACAAGAUAGGGUUGGUGGUCAUCCUGGCCUCCACGGUGGUGGCCAUGUCGGCGGUGGCCCAGCUGUGGGAGGAUGAGUGGGAGGUGCUGCUGAUCUCCCUGCAGGGCACAGCACCGUUCCUGCACGUGGGGGCCCUGGCCGCAGUCACUGUGCUCUCCUGGAUCGUGGCAGGACAGUUCGCCCGCGCAGAGCGGUCCUCCUCCCAGGUGACCAUUCUCUGUACCUUCUUCGCCGUGGUGUUUGCCCUCUACCUGGCCCCUCUCACCAUCUCCUCUCCCUGCAUCAUGGAGAAAAAGGACCUAGGCCCCAAGCCUGCCCUCAUUGGCCACCGCGGGGCCCCCAUGCUGGCUCCAGAGCACACGCUCAUGUCCUUCCGGAAGGCCCUGGAGCAGAAACUGUAUGGACUCCAGGCUGACAUCACCAUCAGUCUGGACGGUGUGCCCUUCCUCAUGCACGACGCCACCCUGCGGCGUACCACCAACGUGGAGGAGGAGUUCCCGGAGCUGGCACGCAGGCCCGCCUCCAUGCUCAACUGGACCAUCCUGCAGAGGCUCAACGCCGGCCAGUGGUUCCUGAAGACUGACCCCUUCUGGACAGCCAGCUCCCUGUCACCCUCCGACCAUAAGGAGGCCCAGAACCAGUCCAUCUGCAGCCUGGCGGAGCUCCUGGAGCUGGCCAAGGGCAAUGCCACGCUGCUGCUCAACCUGCGCGACCCGCCCCGGGAGCACCCGUACCGCAGCAGCUUCCUCAACGUCACCCUGGAGGCCGUGCUGCGCUCCGGCUUCCCCCAGCACCAGGUCAUGUGGCUGCCUAACAGGCAGAGGCCCCUCGUGCGCAAGGUGGCUCCUGGCUUCCAGCAGACGUCGGGCUCCAAGGAGGCGGUCGCCAGCCUGCGGAAAGGCCACAUCCAGAGGCUGAACCUGCGCUAUACUCAGGUGUCCCGCCAGGAGCUCAGGGACUACGCGUCCUGGAACCUGAGUGUGAACCUCUACACAGUCAAUGCACCGUGGCUCUUCUCCCUGCUGUGGUGUGCGGGGGUCCCGUCUGUCACCUCCGACAACUCCCACACCCUGUCCCGGGUGCCUUCCCCGCUCUGGAUCAUGACCCCGGACGAGUACUGUCUCAUGUGGGUCACCACCGACCUGAUCUCCUUCACUCUCAUCGUUGGCAUCUUCGUGCUCCAGAAGUGGCGCCUGGGUGGCAUACGGAGCUACAACCCUGAGCAGAUCAUGCUGAGCGCCGCAGUGCACCGGACCAGCCGGGACGUCAGCAUCAUGAAGGAGAAGCUCAUCUUCUCAGAGAUCAGCGAUGGCGUGGAGGUCUCCGAUGAGCUCUCCGUAUGUUCAGACAACAGUUUUGACACGUAUGCCAACAGCAACACCACCCCCAUGGCCCCCCGAGGGGGUGGCAGCCGCACCAAGACUCUCACAGACCGGAGUGGGCGUUAGCUGAAGACCUGUCUGUCCCAGCCUGUACCUAACGUGAAAACCGGGGAGCCUAGGAGAGCUGGCAGAGCAUGUCUGGACUCGGAGCGCUAUGGGAGCUGGCUCCCCAGCCUCCUCGUGGGCUCGAGCCCCUUGUCAGCCACAGCCUCUCUUGGAGGGAGCUGCCUUCUCCCCUGAGGCCCAGCUGGGCCAGGACUCCUGCCUCUCAGAUGCCCCUGCAGGCCUAGGGCUCCUCUGGGAAGUGUAGGGCCUGGUCCCCCUCUGGAGGCCCUCCCUAGCUUCACAACCUGGAAGCUUUGACGGGUCACUGGGCCAUGCCAUGCCCCCGACGGCAGUGGAGGAGGUGGAUGUUCACCUGUGCCCACAUGUGUCUGUCCUCCUGUCCAGUCCAUGAGGUGACUGACUUCUCCGUUGUUAUCCUGCCCCAAGAGCCCGGGCCGGACCUCUACCUGAAGCAGCACUGUUCUUCCCGUCAGCCUCAAAGCACAAGGAGGUCCGGCCCAAGAGGAAAGCCAGCGGCAGUGGUGGGGACAUGCCCUCUUCCCGAUCAGCCUCCCACCACCACUGGCCCCUGCCCCAGGAGAGGGCUGAGCCAUGUCCCCUAAGAGCAGCUGGAGAUGGCCAUAAGUGCGAAUUCAGGGCUGCUCGAUCUCAGGCCCAAGUGUCCAACAGGCCUCUGGGGCAGAAGCGCCCCUGAGGCCCAGGAGAUCCCCAGACUGCUGCAACCUCAGGUUCCCACAUCUGUGGCCACAAGGCGGGAGCCACCUGGGCAUGGUCAAGGGCGGGUGUGUGGCUAAGUGGGCUGCAGUGGAGGGAGCCCAAGGGCCUUGGCCACGAUGAUUAAAGCUGCCAUCUUGA